CACGCCGUGAAAACAGAACAGUGCCGAACCGGACGCGCGUUUCUCUUCCAUACACCGGGGCGCAGCUGGCGUCGGGGGCUCGAACCUGCGGAAAGGACACGAAUCCAGGACCGGGACUGACCCUGAGGAUGAUGAAGUUGGUCAGUGGGAGCUCUGUAGUGAAUGCCGAGGCAGUAUGGGACCAUGUGACCAUGGCUGACCGAGAGCUGGCCUUCAAGGCUGGCGAUGUCAUCAAGGUGUUGGAUGCCUCCAAUAAGGACUGGUGGUGGGGUCAAAUUGAUGACGAGGAGGGCUGGUUUCCUGCCAGCUUCGUAAGGGUGGAGUCACACCCCCCACAAACCAAACAGCUUUUUUAUAUCAACCCUGUCGCUGCAUCACGCCUCACAAACGCCACGGCUAAGUUAUGGGUAAACCAGGAGGAAAACACAGUGGUCGAGACUGCCGAAUGCUCCAAUGAUGUGCAGAAUGGCCAUGCAGAGGCCAGUCCGAACCCCAGCACCGAUUGUCUGUGUCUGGGCCAGCCCACCCAGAACCGGGACCAGAUGAGAGCCAAUGUCAUCAAUGAGAUCAUGAGCACAGAACGACAUUACAUCAAACACCUGAAGGAUAUCUGUGAGGGGUAUCUGCGUCAGUGUAAAAAGCGAAGAGACAUGUUUAAUGACGAUCAGCUGAAGGUGAUCUUUGGGAAUAUCGAAGAAAUUUACAGAUUCCAGUUGAGCUUCGUCAGAGACCUGGAGAAACAGUUUAACACGGAAGAACCUCAUCUCAGUGAGAUCGGACCAUGCUUUUUGGAACACCAAGAUGGAUUCUGGAUUUACUCAGAAUAUUGUAACAACCACGUUGACGCCUGCAUGGAGCUCACACGUCUCAUGCGAGAUGCAAGAUACCAGCACUUCUUUGAAGCAUGCCGAUUAGUUCAACAGAUGAUUGACAUCGCCAUUGACGGCUACCUGCUUACACCAGUCCAGAAAAUCUGCAAAUACCCUCUACAGCUAGCAGAGCUACUGAAAUACACAGUACAAGAACACAGUGAUUAUCGGUAUGUGGCUGCUGCACUAGCGGUAAUGAGAAAUGUCACUCAGCAAAUCAACGAACGUAAACGAAGGCUUGAGAACAUUGACAAAAUCGCCCAAUGGCAGGCCUCCGUACUUGACUGGGAGGGUGAGGAUAUUCUGGACAGGAGCUCAGAGCUUGUGUACACUGGGGAGAUGUCCUGGAUUUAUCAACCAUAUGGCCGCAGCCAAACCAGAAUCUUCUUCCUAUUUGAUCAUCAGAUGGUCCUGUGCAAGAAGGAUCUCAUUCGGCGCGAUAUUCUCUACUACAAGGGCCGGAUCGAAAUGGAUCGUUAUGAGGUCAUCGACGCAAUCGAUGGCCGAGAUGAUGAUUUUAAUGUCAGCGUAAAGAAUGCUUUCAAACUGGCCAACAGAGACACAGAUGAGAUCCAUCUGUUUCUGCCCAAAAAGCUAGAGGAGAAAAUCCGUUGGCUUCGAGCAUUUCAAGAGGAAAGAAAGAUGGUCCAGGAAGACGAGAAGAUUGGGUUUGAAAUCUCUCAGUAUCAGAAGAGGCAAGCAGCUCUGACUGUUAGGAGAGUCACCAAACAGAAAGGUGUGGGUCGGUCAGUCCCCCCAGCAUAUCCACCUCCUUUGGACCCCAUGAACCCCGGGCAGUAUCUCCUCCCUGAUGGUUAUGGACAGGCUGACGGAUACGAAUAUGAGCCCAAACGCAGUACAUCCCCCUUCUGGCAGAACUUCAGUCGGUUAGCUCCCUUUAAAAAAUAGAACACACAUCCACCAGGGGUCGGAGACACUGGCCUCUGUAUAUCUGGAAAAGCACUAUUCUACUUAAGAUAUAUCCUGCAGACUUUAGGAGGACCAACAUGACACACAAACUACAGGAGAGAGGAUGAACCUCGCUUUUACCAGGGGUUUACCAGGCAAAUUCGUUUUACUGGGGUUAAGGGGACACCUUGCCGGGCUGGUUGCACUGAAUUCUGCACAUUACAUAUUGUAAUUCAUUACAGUUAAAAACACACACAUAUAUACACAUACACACACACACUCGUAUGAACAUACAGGGAAACCACAUUUUAUCACUCUCCUCUUUUAGAGGUUUUAAAUUAUGAUGUAAGGAAAACCUCUUUUUUUCCUCUCCAAACAAAUCGAGGGAAAGAAUUUUCACCUUUUAAAGCACUAAACCGCCCUAAUGACUCUGCUCUCUAGCGCUGCCCUGGUGUUCCUCCGUGCACUGUGACUAUUUGGGGCAUUCUCUCACCCAAUCUCUCUUUUUCUCUCAUUCUCCACAUUAUCUUGUGUUUUUAAACAGUUCAAGCCUGAAGUUCUAUUUUUCCUGGACAAUUUAUUCUUGGACGGAUCCUGCUGCACUCUUUAGUUUGUUUUGCAUGAAAUUCCACAGUUCAUUGCAGGUAUUUUUAUUUAUGUAAUUUUAUUUGUACGGGUCGAAGUCUCAAAGAACAGUGUAUCACACUGUACAAAAUGUCACGCAAGUUGCAUACACAGGAAAUAUGGAUAUCUCAACAAAGCAGCGUUGAAAUUCAGAGAAACCUAGACAAGAAAAUAUUGGCAAAACAACAGUAUGUGAAGAGUCUUCAGAAUCAAUCAAGCUUCAAGUCAUUUUGGUUUGCUGGAGCUUUCAGAGCCCCGAUAAAACUACAGUUUUCUUAUCUCAGUUUUAAAGACCAGAAAAACCCAUAAGAGGACCUGUUCUCCACUCAACAGUCCUGUCAGACUGGAGACCUUGUAGCUUGUUUACGUCAGAGCUUUGAUAAUCGUGAGGUAUCGGUCUUUACCCUCACCACUGUUUCCUCUCUCUCAUCAUCAGCGCAAUCUGACAUCAAACCAGGAAACCUAAUCAGUUGUUUACUGAUAAUGUGAAAACCUCUAAGCCCUGUCUUAAUUUUAAGAAUCCUCCAAAUGUCUGUUUUUAUGAACAGAAUGGAUGAUCCAUGGAACAGGAUGAACUUAAUCAUGCUGAUCAUCUUCUGAGUGAUGUGCCAAUUCAUCUCGAACAUGCCAAAAUAGUCUGGUUGCCAAAUUUUCCUCUAACAGGUGCAUUGAUAUGUGCGAAUGCCAACCCCAUGAGCUGGUACCCCACCAUGUGACUUCUCAGGCGAAAAUUAAAUCAGUGAAAUUUGGUUAUCGCUGCUAGGAUUAGCAUGACAUAGCGUUUCUGUUUUCUUUUUGUUGUUUUUGUUGAUCU